AUGUCGUCCACGAAGAAGACCACCGCCGCGUCCGCCGCCGCCGACAAGAAGAGCAAGGUCGUCGUGUUCAAGGUGAAGGACCUCGAGAACAUGCCCAGGAAGAGGCUCGUCUCGCUCGCCAAGCGCGUGGGUGAGAAGGCCAACCAGAACUCGGCCGCCCUCGUCGAGGCGCUCACCAAGUACCACAACGAGCACCAGUCCGAGAUUGAGGAGAAGCUGAAGGAGCUCAGCAGCAAGCCCAAGGCCUCGAAGAAGAGGGACAUGACGAAGGAUCUCUCCACCAGGAUCCACUACAAGGACCGCGUCUCCGACUCGUAA